AUGUUUUCAAUCCUAACAUAUUGCUAUCUCAAGACACUUGCGGUUCUUCUGCGAUCCAUCAUCGCCCUGGGUAGCCGCAUUGCAGGCCGCCCUGUACCCCGACCGGAUGAAGUUCAACACAUCGCAUCGCGCGAUCCAGGGAGGACGAUCAAAAUCUAUGUGUAUCGCCCUGCCAAAUCAACCACAGGGCCGAGUCCGGUUCUGAUCAACUUCCAUGGUAGCGGGUUCCUACUCCCCAUGCAUGGCAGCGAUGUGGAAUUCUGUCAAACUAUCAGCGACAACACUCAAUACACAGUGCUAGAUGUGCCGUAUCGCCUGGCGCCAGAGAAUCCGUUCCCUGCAGCGCUGAACGAUGUCGAAGAUGCUAUCAAAUAUGCCCUCAGUCGCUCGGAAGAGUUCGACCGCUCCCGUAUUUCUCUCUCUGGAUUCAGCGCAGGGGGAAACCUCGUGCUGGCAGCGUCGGCCACACUCUUCCCUCCUAAUACCUUCCGCUCUCUCAUUGCAUUCUAUCCCGCGUUAGAUCUGGCCUCCGACGCGGCUACCAAGGUCGCCCCAGAUCCCAGCGGACGCGUGAUUCCCAUCCCCAUUGCGCGUUUCUUCAAUCGCUGCUACGUACCUCCCGGCGUGGACAGACGGGAUCCCCGAAUCUCUCCCAAGUAUGCCGAUCUGGAGAGAUUCCCACACCGAAUGCUGAUGAUCACUGCCGAGGGCGACUCGCUGGCUCUCGAGGCAGAAGAUCUCGCAAAGAAGCUUGAGCAACUUCCCGGGCGACAUGUGGUCAGCGAACGCAUGGCAGGGUGCAACCAUGCGUGGGACAAGCGCACGCGGGCGGGAACCCCACAGCGAGAGGCUCGGGACCGGGCAUAUACGAUGGCUGUGGACAUGUUGAACGAGGCUUAA